UCUGUGCUUUAGUUGACUUUCAUCAUGCUCUUCAGGAUAUAAACGACAACAGAAACUAAGCUCCUAGUUGCUCAACUAAUCGGUCAAAGAUCAUGUCUCGUGUAAUCAUCUCACGAGUCAUUUUCUUGAUUCUUGCUUUGUUCUGUUGUACUGAUAACUCCCAUAGGAAACUGAUUUGGGAAGGAUCGGCUGGAGUUUUCAAAGGUUUCAGGACGUUGACGAACACCACGAAGCACACAUAUGGUCAAGCAUUCGACGACAAGCCAUUCCCUUUCAAGAAUUUCCUCACAGGUGCAAUGACUUCUUUCUCUUUCACCUUCUUUUUUGCUAUCGUCCCUGAGCAUAAGCACAAAGGCUCUCACGGUAUGGCCUUCGUGAUUUCUCCUACAAGAGGCAUUCCAGGUGCAUCCGCAGAUCAGUACCUCGGAAUCUUCAAUGAAGUAAACAACGGGAACAACUCGAAUCAUGUCAUCGCUGUGGAGCUCGAUAUAAAUAAAGAUGAUGAAUUUGGCGACAUUAACGAUAACCAUGUUGGUAUCAACAUAAAUGGGAUGAGGUCUAUUGUAUCUGCUCCUGCUGGUUAUUAUGAUCAAGAGGGUCAAUUCAGAAAUCUUUCUUUGAUCAGUGGAAAUCUACUCCGAGUCACGAUUUUGUAUGACCAGAAGAAGAAAGAGCUUAGUGUCACAUUAUCAUCGCCAGAGGAAGCUUAUUACCCCAAGCAACCACUUCUUUCGCUAAACCAAGAUCUGUCACCGUAUCUUUUGGAGAAAAUGUAUGUCGGCUUCACAGCCUCUACGGGGUCGGUUGGAGCAAUGCACUACAUGUCGAUUUGGUAUAGAUAUACCAUACUGAUUGUUCCAGACCUGGAUAUCGGGAUACCGACGUUUCCUCCAUAUCCCAAGGAAAAAUCACUAGUAAAUCGCAUUCUUUGGGUGACUGGCUUGGCAUUGGCUCUCUUAGUUGCGAUGGCUGCAUCAGGUUUUAGUCUCUUCUUAUAUAGAAAAAACCAAAUGGUUCAAGAGGUUCUAGAGGAGUGGGAGAUUCAAAAUGGACCUCAUAGGUUUUCUUACAAAGAACUCUUUAAAGCCACAAAUGGUUUCAAACAACUUCUAGGCAAAGGAGGGUUCGGUCAGGUCUUUAAGGGAACACUUCCAGGUUCCGAUGCAAAUAUUGCUGUUAAACGGGUUUCUCAUGGUUCGAGUCAAGGAAUGCAGGAAUUCCUGGCUGAGAUAUCGACAAUUGGUCGGCUUAGACACCCAAAUCUUGUCAGGCUUCUUGGUUAUUGCAGGUACAAAGAGGACUCUGUAGUCUUCAAUUAUCUAUCA